AUGGGGCUGGUCGGCGGGGAGUUCGAUAUGGAGCUGAACUUCGUGAUCCAGGAUGCGCAGAACAUACAGCAUAUGCUGGAGCUCCUAGACCACUGUCCGCCCAGUCUGCAGGCGGAGAUAUGGUCGGUGUUCAUCGCGAUCCUGCGCAAGAGCGUGCGCAACCUGCAGGCCUGCACCGACGUCGGCCUCAUCCACCACGUGCUGCAGCGAUUGCCUCGCGCCGAGACCGUGGUCGCAGACCUCCUCAUCGAGAUGCUUGGCGUGCUGGCCAGUUACAGCGUCACAGUCAAGGAGCUAAAGCAGCUUUUCAAUGCAAUGAAAGCAGUUAACGGCAAAUGGCCCCGACACUCUGCCAAGUUACUCAACGUGCUUCGACAGAUGCCACACAGGAACGGACCGGACGUGUUCUUCAGUUUCCCGGGCCGCAAGGGAUCGGCCAUCGUCCUGCCACCCCUGGCCCGGUGGCCCUACGAGAACGGGUUCACGUUCACGACGUGGUUCCGCCUCGACCCCAUCAACUCGGUCAACAUCGAACGGGAGAAACCCUACCUGUACUGCUUCAAGACGAGCAAGGGCGUCGGCUACACGGCGCACUUCGUCGGCAACUGCCUGGUGCUCACCUCUAUGAAGGUCCGCGGCAAGGGGUUCCAGCACUGCGUCAAAUACGAGUUCCAACCUAGGAGGUGGUACGCGAUAGCGGUCGUGUACAUAUACAACAGGUGGACGAAGAGCGAGAUCAAGUGCCUGGUGAACGGUCAGCUCGCCUCCAGCACCGAGAUGGCGUGGUUCGUCUCCACGAACGACCCCUUCGACAAGUGCUACAUCGGCGCGACGGCGGAGCUUGACGAGGAGAGGGUAUUCUGCGGCCAAAUGGCGGCUAUAUACCUCUUCGGUGAGGCUCUCACCACCCACCAGAUCUGUGCAAUGCACCGCCUUGGACCCGGAUAUAAGAGCCAAUUCCGUUUCGACAACGAAUGCAACAUCAGUUUGCCGGAGAACCACAAAAGGGUGAGCGACAACGCCGCGCCGAGGCUUGAUCCCGCUGACAGUCCGCCCGAUCCCGCCGAUUCCACCAUUUCCGCCGAUUCCGCCAUUUCCGCCGAUCCCGCCAAUUCCGCCGAUCCCCACCCGCCGAGCCCACUCGCCCCGAAGCUUCGCAGGAGGAUACCAGGGCGGCAGGGCGCGAGGAGAGUGUCGUUG